CCAAACUCACUAUCAUACCUAAUCCCAAAAAUUUGAAGAAUCAAACAAUGGGGCAUUACAAUUUUUUCAGUUUUGUAGGGAUUCUUAGGGAAUCCAUCCAACUUAUUCCAAAAAAUGGUAAAAUCAUGGGAUUAAUAACCAUGUUUUACCUUAUUUUGACAUCAAUCUUCUUCCUGAUAUUCAAAUUCACUUCUGAUUCUUUGUUAAGAGACAUGUUUAUUAAAGAAUCCCUCAUUCCUAUUUCUAGUACAAAUGGUUCUUCACUAGGUAAUCUACUUUCUAGUAUUAAAGAAAAUUUUAAACUUGUUUUGGCCAUUGAUUUUUCAUUCAUCUUGUCCUAUUUCAUCAUCUCAAUUUUCUCUACUAGCACAAUAAUCUUAAUUUCUUCUACAUCAUACCAUGAUAAAACCUUAAAUUUCAAAGAUUUAGGUAUCAAGAUUUUAAGAUCAUACAAAAGGUUAUUUUUCACAAUGUUUUACACUACAAUUCUUGUUAUUGGAUAUUUUUUCUUUUGUUUAUCCAUGGCAACUCCUUUAUUGGCUACCUCUAACUUAUAUGAUUUUUCAAUGGUUAUUAUUUUCGCAAUAUUCGCGUAUAUUUUCUAUCUAUAUUUAUCGGUCGUUUGGGUGCUGGCCUUAGUGGUUUCAAUUGUUGAAGAAGGUUAUUAUGGAGUUAUGGCUCUUGGAAAAGCUGGAAAAAUAAUUAAGGGCAAUGAGAUGAAAGGGUUUAUUUUAAACAUUGUGUUCAACUUAUUGGCUUUAAUUAUUUUUGUGGGUACUAGGAUUGUUAAAGAUGAGAAAUGGAUUGUUAACAAGAAUAUUUCAAUGUUGAUUUUGGUGAAUGGUUCUUGUUUAUUGAAGGUGUUCGAGCUUGUGAAUUAUACAGUUCUAUAUUUUCAUUGCAAGAAGAGAAAAGGGGAAGAAGAGAUUAUUGAAUUGCAAGGAAGUAUCGACUAUAGCAAGAUCUCUAAUUUUCCAUUAAUAAUUGAUGAUGCAAACUAGUCUAGUUCGAUCAUUAAUGCAAUUGUUGGUUUUCACUGAGGAAUUCCUAGCAUGCACAAGAGCUCAUAUUGAUUACGUUUCUGUCCUACACAAAAUAAAGAAAAAAGUUAGUCUAUUUCGAUCGUUGCAAUUAUUGGUUUUCAACUAACAAUUUCUAGUAAAUGCAAAUCAUCAGCUCGUAUUGACUUGCUGAAAGAGCAAGCUGGUGUGGGGACAAGGGCACUGACAUUCGAGCAACACUCAAUAAUUAAUCAUGAUUAAAUGAGAAUAGUAUGUAUGAAAAUACAUAUAAAGUCAUACACAUCUAUUAGUUUGGUAUACAUAAACUUUUACCAAUACCGAGGUGUCCGGAGAAACAUGGAAGGUAGGGUCAAAUUCGAGGUCUAUUACGGAUCUUAAAAUUCUUUCUGUAGAGUCAAAUGUCUCGGUUAUUCGGAUAAAUAUUGAGAGCAUAAUCUCUUGUGAUCACUUACAA